AUCGUUUUCUUGCUUGAUACUUGUGAAAUAGACUAGAGAAUGCUUAUAUAUCAUGUUGGGUUGUUGAUUCUAUGGUGAAAUUGAGUUAAAUUUGAACUUUAAAAAAUUAGGGUUCAUUAGAAUUGGGGAUUUUUCGAAAUUCCUAUAAUUCCAUACGAUUUUGGCUAAGUUGGGUUAGUUAAGAUGUUUUGGAACCUCAUUUGAUAAGUGUCCAUUUGAAGAACUCAUUUCAUACUUAAAAUUUGCUUAAAAGCCUUAUUCUUUGCUUGUGAUCAUCUCUUGUAGCUUUCUAUAAAUAAUUUGUGUGCAUUGUGCUAAUUAGCUUUAGCUAAGUGAUCAUGAAUUGAAUUCACAUUUGCAUUUAUAAUGUUUCCUUCUUCCAUUUGCUUAUCCUUUUCCAAGGUUUGAAAUUUUCAGGUACAAAUGGGGAGAAAGGAUCAACAAAAGAUGGAAGCUAAGAAACAAGAGCUUGCAAGGCAAAAGACUGCUAGACAUGGGAAGUCUCUAUCCUCAAUAUCUACUCCGGGAGGAACUUCUAGGCAGCAAGUAUUGGCAGCAAAAAAGAGAGAAGGAAAGCAAGUCGCCACUGCUGAGAGUGUGGAUGCUGGUGGUAGAAAGUCAGCCCAUUCCAAAAGGUCAAAAGAACCGAAAGGCAAGGGGCCAGCUCUUCCCCAAGAGGAGGAAAAUGAAGACAUCACUGAAGAAGACCAAGCUCCGCACAAGCGAGCCAAAGUGUCUACGGGGAAGAAGGUCGACACUGAGAGAGAUAGAACCAAGACACCAACUGAAGAUGAGCUAUAUGGGCAUUUGAAGAAUGGUGUAUUGUGGCCUCCAACUCGAUUUGCAGAUAUCAAGAUCAUGGAAGAGUUGGAGAUAGGUGACGACAUCAAGCAAAUGUUGGAGCACAUGAACAUGCAAAGCUUCUUCACUAUGGCCUAUCCUACCUAUGAAGAAGAGUCUUGUCAGUUCUUGUCAUCAUUGGUAGCUACUUUUCAUACCGCCAAACAUGUGAGGCAAGGAUGAGGAAAGAUCAAGUUCAAAGUCCAUGGAAAGAUUUACAACAUGACCUUCAAGGAGAUUGGACAGGCUCUUGGUCUUCAGGAUUUGGAGGAAUCUUCCAUCCCUAUCCUAUAUGAUGCCCCUAGGGAGGAAAGCAUGGCUAGAAUGGUUUGGAAGGUGUUGGCGGGGAAGACUCGCAAGCCAAGCCGUGACAAGAAUGCUUCCAUUCACCACCCUUCAGUGCGCUAUCUCCACCGGAUAAUUGUCCACACCAUCUUUCCAAGAAAGGAACCAUGCACUGUUAAUGAUGAGGAGCUACAACUUCUUCACCAAACCGUUCAGCAUUAUGCUCAUCCCUCUCAGUUGUCUUUGGUCGAUGCUGACUUUUACAAGAACUUUGGCAUGGUGGGAUUCUUUGUGAAGCGCCUCGUCCACUACAAGGAAUGGGCUUGGACAACAAGUGACUCAGAGCCUCAGGUUGGCAUUGGCGGCAUGAUAACCCCAUUGCUUCAGUUUAAGGAUAUACCCUUAGAAGAUAAUCCAACUGGUCUCGCCUUCUUAGACGGAAGCUACUUGAAGAAAGCUCAGUACUUCAGUGGGAGGUUCAAUGGAACUUGCGUCUAUUCCUACAUACAGUCUACACGAGAGGUUGAAGUGCUUCUCCCAAACACCGCCCUGACAAGCUUGACUAGGCCUGGAGCUAUUAGCUUUGAUAUUGGGAGUGAGAACUUCCUUGGUCCCCAUGGUCCUCUAGGCCCCAUACGAUCUCCAAAGAGGAAGAAGACAACAGAUAGAUGUGGUGUUUUCCAAGAAGAAGCUUCCGGUCUAAACUCCGAGCUCCUCUAUGGUCCUUCUCGUUACUACUUUGCGCAGCAUCCGGGAGCUCUUCCCCAUGGACCCCUUCGCCAGGCUCAUGAGCAUAUCAGCAAACUCCAACGAUGGAACAAAGCUCAGGACAGAACAAUCUUCAAGCUCAAAGACAAGUGUAAGGCGUUGAGUAAGACUGUGAAGAGGCAAGCAGAAGCUUCAGCUCAGUUCAUGAAGAAGGUAGCUGAUAUACUGACUAGAGGAGCUGUAGCGGGAUGUUCAUCAUCAGACUUUGACUUCCUUACCCCCCAGCCUCAGCCUGCAAUUGGUCCUUUAGCACUCAGACUUCCCGCCACCGAGAAAGAACUGCUCCGCCAGAAGAGAAACCCACCAGCUCAACAGUCCGAAUCAUGAAACAAAUCUCCAUCCCUUGCCUCUACAGAUGAGGAAGCUGACACCAAGGAUGAGGCAUCGGCCUCCUCCCACGCUUCAUAGAGAGGUACUCUACCACUUCCCAUUGUAUAUACCAGUUUUUCUUUGCAUUUCUUUCUUUUUUUCGAUAUCUCCUUCAACUUCCUAACACAUAGACUGUGUGAACUAAGUUUGGGGGAGGUAUCAAGUAUUUGAUCACGUUUUCUUUGAUGAUGUGAGUCUCAUGCAUUACAUUGUACAUACAUAUAUGCAUAAAAAAAAUUAAAUAAUAAAAAAAAAAAACAUGUAGUUGCAUCACUUGCACUUUUAGGAUUGAGUCUAGAACAUAUAGGUUGCAUUCACUUGCAUUGGGAACAAUGAUUUAAAAUGCCUUGCAAAGAACCCUUGUCUAGAACUCAAAAUGACAUCCUAGUUAAACACAUCAAGUAGCUUAAGCAUCUCUUGAAAACCUUGUACGCUUCGAGCCUUGAAAACUCUUCUUGAAGCUUGUUUGCUUGCUUGAUGUUGGCAUUGUUCUUGAGAUCAGCUCCAACCCGAACUUGGCUUGAAUGAACUUAAUCUCUCUUGCAUAUGGGCAUUUGCAUACUUGAUCAUGGAUCUCAUACACAUUUGGGUUAUCUUAUUCCUUUAUAUACCAAUCUUUGUUAACCCAAAUGGCACUCCAUACCCUACAACCCUAGCCAUUCUUUGAAACCAAACAUUUAAUUGCAUGAGUGAGGCCUCUUUUGAUAGCUUGUCAUGUGCAAAAUCUUGAGAGUAUUGGAGGCGACAUAGAUUUGUUCUCAUCUCUUGCUAGAAAAAUAAGCUAGCAUUUGGGGAUGGUGAGAGGGGUUUGUGUGUUCUAAAUGUUAAUAUCUUGGGUUUUUGAGUGUGAGAAAGAUAAGAGAGAUGAGCAAAAGAGAUUAAAUAGAAAUGAAAACUCUAGGGAUAAAAAGAAAAUGUGAAACUCUUGAUUAUGCAACAAAGAACCUUCCCCCUAAUAUAAAAAAUAAAAAUAAAAAAAAAAAAAAAAAAAAAAAAUCAAAGAGAAGUUGGGGAAGGGAAUGAAAAAGAGUUAGAGUUUGUAAAGAGUGAAUUAAAAUCCCUAGUAGUUGAGUCAAAAGAAAAAGAGAGUUGUUCAUUGAGUGAGUGAUGUGAGGGGUUUGCUUUGAUUUUGAGAUGAUGAUAAAAAGGGUAGAACUUGUGAUUAUAACAAAAGGGGUAGUAUGAUGAGAAUGAAUCUAUGUAUGCAUGAGUUGCUUCUAAUCUUAGAUAAAUUUUGCAUAAUGAUCAAGCUCCUUGUUUUUGAGUGAUAACCACCUUGAAAUGAUGACAUUUAAACCUUUCUCUCUUCAUUCAUAUUAGACCAUCCUUACCUAGCCAAAUGAUUGAGAUCAUGUGCCCAUUUGUGAGAAUUCACCGUGUGUGUGUGUGUGUGAAUCAAUGUGAGAGCUGGUUUAAAGAACUUGUUGGUUGAUGAGUAUUGCAACUUGUGUAGAGGCAUAAAGAGUAUUGAUAGGCCUAGAGAAGCUAGAGUUGAAUAGGGAGUUGCUCAUGCUAUUUCCUAUGUUUCCUUAAGAUGAUAAGUUGAGUACUAGGAAGUGUUACUUUUGGCUAUGAGUUCCCACCUUCAAACCUCUUUCCCUUAUGAGUUCUUGCAAAGUCACUUGAGGACAAGUAAAGAACAAGUUUGGGGAAGUUGAUAUCUUGCAUAUUUGCAUUGUUUUAAGCUUCCAUUUUGUACAUAAUGUUCAUAUAGAGUAAGAGUUUAGCAUCUUUAGGAUCCAUUUUGCAUUCAUAUGUCUUAAUCAGGUAUUAGAGUGACCUAUGGAGUGAUUGGAGGUGUUUAGAGGCAUGGGAGUUAAAGAAAAGAUGAAAAUGAAGUUUAGUUCGAGUUCAAUCCAGUUCAACUCGGGGAGAACCAGUGCGGGUUAGUUUACCGGCGUCGAGAUGUCGAGAAGAAGAAAUGAAGAACUCCACGCGGGUUGAGCAGCUCGGGAAGCAGUACCCGCUCGCGCCGAAAGCCACAUCAACGCCAGUCUCGCGCGGGUUGCAACACCCCGAGUCCUUUUACCCGUGUCACGGAAAGACCAAAUCGGAGGAGCCACGCGGGAAGAGGCACGCGGGGACAACUACCCGCUCGCACGAGCUAGAAGGAUUGUCGACGUCUUCACGCGGGACGACGACGCGGGGGAUCUCCAUCUUUCCUUACCCGCGUUAAGAGCUUUGUUCGAGGAGCCACGCGGGUGAAGCAGCGCGGGGACACUUACCCGCUCGCAUGAAGAAGGAAUGUCGUCGAAGGUCCAAUGCGGGGAAGGCCACGCGGGUUGGUGCCGAUCGUCUUGACCCGAGUCGAGACUUUACCUUAGUCGAAUUUUAAUGUUUUCAAGGGCUUUUUAGACUUUUUAAUGGAAACCAUUAGGUUUACCAAAGACAUAUAAAUACUCUUGUAAUCCCAAAGUUGGGAUCUUAUCUUGUUUUCUCUAUCUAAUCACAAAGAACUUUUAGGUGAAAGAUCUUAUCUUGAUCAUUUUCUCUUGUGAUUGUUUUGAUUAUUGGGAUCACUAAUCAUUAUUAGCACCAAAUCAUCAUUGAUUCUUGGGCUCAUCAUGAAGAGUAGUGAGUAGUCAUCUUUGGAUUCAUGGGUUAGGGGGAUUAAGGGUGAUUAAGCUAGAUCUAAGGUGUUUUAGUAUAGAUCCAUCUUGUUCCUUGCUAGUAGAGUGCUUUUAAUGCAAUUCUAGAGUUGGCCUCUCUAAAAGUUGAGCUCUAGGCAUUUCAUGCCUGAAAGGUGUUUGAUGAAAUGCCUGAACCAACUCUCCUAAGCUUUUAACAUUAUUUACCAAAGAGAUUUGUUGUUAAAUGUGUUAAGAUGGCUAGUAGACUUGAGAUUAAUGAUUACUUAGAUAACAUUCAACCAAAGAGAUUUGAUGCUUGAGUUAUCUUAGUAAAUGAACACUCAUCUAGAGAUAGAGUUUGUUUAGGAUGAUGUCUAGGUCUAAGGUAGAUAGAUUGGUUGAAAGUUAACAUCUUUAGAUUGAAACUUGAUCACUCAAGGUCAAUUCCUUUAGCCCAUGAGUUCUCUUAUCCUAUAAGAAAGAAAACUUUGUCCUUUAUUGCAUUUUAGUAUCAUUCCAGUUAAAAAAUCAUCUCACCAAUUGAUAGCACUUAGAUUAAGCAUGGUCUUGCAUUCCCUUUGCUUUAGAAUCACUUAGAACUGGUUUGACAUUCUUUAUUCUACAACAUUUGAUUAGGAGCCUUGAAACUCCUAUCAUCAGUUAGGAGCACUAUUUAUCGUGAAAUCAUGGACUUAAAAAAAUAAAUUGAUGUAAAUGGGUAAAACAAAUAAUUAUAUGAGCACUAUUUAUCGUGAAAUCAUGGACUUUAAAAAAUAAAUUGAUGUAAAUGGGUAAAACAAAUAAUUCCUAUGUUUUUGUUUUUUGCUAAAACAUUAUUCGUAUGUUAAAUGCUCAGUAUAUGUCAAAUUAAAAAAAUUUAGUUAAUUUUUUUGUUUAUUCUGCUCUUCACCUUAUAUAUAAUUUUUAAUAACAAAAAAAUGGAUACAAAAAUUUUGAAUCACGUAAGACAAAAACAUUGAAUAUUUUAAAUUAUUUUAUAGCUAUCUAUAACUACUUAUAUUUUUAUAAUAGAUAAUAAAAUUCAUAUAUUAAAAUAACCAUACUAAAUAUAUAAUCAAAAUUUAAAUUUAAAGAAAAAACUCAGGCGUAGUCCGGACCGACGCUGGGGAGAGUUCAACCAACUUUUUCACAUCAUAUAGUGGAUGUUGAAUCUUCUUUAGUAUCUCUGAGAGCACAAAUGAGACACUUGUACAGAGACGUUCCUAUAUGAUUAAGAUUCAAAAGAGGAAUAAGUUUCUUGCAGCAAGAACAUAUGAUUUUUCUUACAUAUGCAAGAACAUAUGAUUAAAGGUGAUAAAUAAUGUUUCACUUAAAUCAACCGAUGCCUUGUGAGUUCUAUGUAACCAGAGUUUGGUAAGUACCCGCGCCAAUGAUCAAUUCAACUUCUGUUAAAAAGUGGGCCAGAUUCUCUUUUUUUUUUGGAACUAAAAUGGGCCAAAUUCAUAUAUGCAUAUUUUCGUGAUCUAUGUAUAUAAAGUAUUAAUUUUCUGUCUUCCAAGCGCAUGCAUCCUUGGCGAGUAAAUUACACAGCAUCAAAAUAUAUGGAUUUUAGUGCUCGCGUGACUCUACUUUUCAAUAUGGACUUUUAUUCAAUGAAAUAAAUUUUUAGUUUUUGUUGAAAACCUUGGUCACCCACCGUUUCUUCGUCUGGUCUUUGCAUGUUCUCAGAUUAUUCCUUUUGCGUAGGAAGCAAUCAAAUCAUGGAUUAUCGGCGAAUCCUCCUUUAUUAUCGUUUGCUUGAUUAUUCAAACAUAUCGGGAUUUGACUGAAAUGGAGAACGAAGAUUCGGAUGUCUUGCUAUAUUAUGAGAGAUUUCUGAAGAGUACUCUUGUUUAAGUCAGGCAUGGGCUUUGUUUUCUCCGGUGAAUCAAGGUUAGAGUUCGUCUACUCUCCCAGCAACCAUCUGCGAAGAAAUCAUCAUCAAUAAUCGAAGGCCUGACGUAGUAAAGGUAUGAGUUUUCAUGGGGGAUUGAAAAUCAUGGGGAUAUGGUGGAGGCAAACGUCUCCAGCGUCGAUGUUAGAGUAGAGACAAUGAGGUCUCCCCUAGUUCUUUCUAGAUCUCUCUUCAAAUCUCUAAUUACAUCGUAGUGCGUUAAUUUUUAGUAUUAAGAGUUUGGUUAGAUAUAAUUAGCUUGUUGUAUAUGGGCCUUCGUUUGUACUUUUUAAAUCCAUUUGGGCUUGAAUGGAAAAAGUAGUAAAAAAAUGUUCACGUCAAAGAAAGAAACGCAGAGUACUGAAAGAGAGGGACACGUGUCAUGACGAGGGAUAUCAAUUUAUCUAGUUGGCAUCCUAUGUGGCGUUAUGAGAGUGAAUCAAACACUCUUAUAUAAUAAUAAUAAUAAUAAUAAUAAUAAUAAUAACUAGGAUUGGCCCAGGCUACGCCCGGAUUUUUUGUUUAAAUUUUAAUUUUAAUUUUAAUUAUAUAUUUAGCAUGUUUAUUUAAAUAUAUAAAUUUUAUAAUAUAUUAUAAAAAUAUAAGUAUCUAUAGACAAAUAUAAACUAAUUUUAGAUUUUUCAUCUCUUUUGUCUUACGCAAUUCAAAAAUUUUAAUAUCCAAUUUUUUUUGUUAUUGGAAACUAUAUAUAAGGUGCAAGAUAGAAUGAACAAAAAUUAACCAAAUUUUAGUUAUGGUGUUUAAAUGGUUGAAUGGUAGAUAUAUUUCAAAUCAGUUAAAACUAUUUAUAAUGUUGUUUCCAGUUAGUCUCUAAGUAAUUUAGGGUUCAAUUGGUAAUUAGACUGUUGAGGCUUUGUGGUUAUGUAAAGCAUUGAAAUCCAAUAAUUUACCAAUCAAUUAUUUGAGAUUUUAGAAAUAUAUAAAGCCUUAAAAGCUCAUUUUUAGAAGAAGCUGUUUUUUUGUUCACCUUGUUCUACAGUCAUUUUUAAAGAUUUUAAAGCUUUUUUCUUUAUUUUUUUUAAAAAAAGUGGCUAACUAAUAUUUUUUUUGUGUCUUUUGUCUAUUUUUGACCAAGAAAAUAAAAAAAUAAAAAUGAUGAUUGAUAAAUUAAUUAUUAUUAAUUAGUUAGAUUUUUAACAUGAGGAAAAAAUCAUAACCUACUAUUAUUGAAAAUUAAUUUUUUAAAGCCUAAAAGUUAUUGUCUAUCGUAACUAAAACAUUUACGAAUGAUUAUAUUAUUAUUUCUAUAACAAAUAAAUAAAAUAUAUUUGUUGAUAAAUUUUAACUGAUUUAUCGUUUAAAACUAUUCCACAUAUUCUAUAGACUUGCAUAAAUAAAACAAAAGUAGAUAGAAAAAUGUAGAUAAUACAUUUUGAAAAUGAAUCAUAAAUAUAUAUUUAUAACAGUCAGAGCUUCUAAAACUUUUAAUGCCAAACAGGUUUUUAAACUUUUUAAUGUAAUAGUUUCUGGUUUUAAAGCUAAAAUAUUUACAGCCACAAAUCUAAAACCAAAGCAUAAAGCGAAAUUCGUAUCAAUCGGAACUUGAAUGGACUCUACCCCUUAAAUUUACAACCCUAUAUAUUUUUAUGCUUCGUCCAAAGUCUAUUUUGAUGUAAAUGCACCAUAUAUAUAUGUAUAUAUAUAUAUCGAUUUUGAAGAAUGAUCAUAAUCGUACUUUUAUCUCAACAUUGACUGUUGGUUAAAAAAGUUAUCACCAAACUAUAACAAAUUUUGUAUCGUGGUUUUAACCGAUAUAGACAACCAAGAUAAGUCAUUUAAAUAUGUCUAGAUUGUGUUUGUACUUUAUUCAUUGUUUUCACUUUCGUCCCCACAUCUCACCUUUGAAGCAAAUACUUAAGAUUUUAUUUGGAAGGGUCUGAUUAUAUAUUUUAUGUGAUUCAAUAUUUUCGACCAUCCUAAGUCCUGUCUCAAAAAAAAUAAAAAUUCUUUACCAUCCUUUUUAAUUAAAAAUGAUAUUGAAUUCAUUCUCGUUACGAUUAAUUAAACUUCGCAUGACUGAUUAUUAAUUUUUCAGUAUAAUGCUAAAAAUAAAAACGAUAAUCGAUCACAAGAUGGCCAAAUAGCCAAAUCUCAUUGGAUAAACAUAAUUUGACAUAAAAGAGUAAUGCUAAAAGUAAAAAUGAUAAACGAUCAUAAGAUGGCCAAAUAGCCUAAUCUCAUUGGAUAAACAUAAUUUGACAUAAAAGAGAGUUUCAACAUUAACUUAAAAAAUUUGCUUAUAUGACACAAAUAUGUAUAUAGUUCAAUGUAAAAGACUCGUACCACAAAGUAGACAGAAUAAGAAAAAAGAUAGUUACGAAUCUAUCACUAUACGCAUCAGCAAAGGAGCAGAGAAGAGAGGCAACAUAGAAACGGAACCCAGCCCAAGAAUUUACUGUAUGGCUGCUCAUGAAUUACUCAUCUUCACUACAUUUGUUAGAUAUGUUACUUAGUUUGAUGGAACUCCUUUAAGCGCAUAUCUCUCCAUUCCCGCAAUCACUAUACACAAAAACAUCAUAUACAAAAAAAAAAAAUUGAUCAUUAAUUUCAGUGAAGUCUGAAUCUUUGAAAGAGACAAAAUAAGAGAGAGAGGAGAUGGGUAAUUAGCAUAUGAGAAAGGCAUAUGACUUGCCAAGUUCUCUGGAAGUUACGUUUCAGAGGAGACCAACAUAUAUUCUUAUGGAAGCUGGGUCGUUCUAGUGUUCCUUAGAGGAAUCCAAUGAAGAAAUGUUUUCCUAGGACAGCGAGACUAACCUCUGAAUUUUAAUAGUCGCUAUCACACGUACUUUGCUCUGUAAGUCUUCAUUCAGUGUGCUUCUGAUCUCAGUCAAUUCACCGAAAAUGUCUGCCAAACAAUAAUUGGCAGUGACAGCAUCAGCAAGUACCUAUUGUUCAUUGCGGUAUUUGAUGCACACAAAAAAAACAGAAUAUAUGUUUUAGAAGCAGAGGCCGAGAGAGUACCCAGGAAGAUGAGUAUUGACGUUUGCUAAAGCAAGUAGCUGAUGUUAACUGCAGAACCUGAACAGCUACAUGGGUAUUGGAUUGGCCGGUUCGGUUAUCUCAGCAAGACAGUUUGAUCACUGAAACGUACGGAGAGAUUGGAGUCCGACAGCUUGAAGUUAACAUUGCUACACGGAACGUCAAACCCACUAAUAGAGUACAAUGAGCCUUCCUAAAACAUCUAUUUGAAGGUGUUGAGGCGGUGGCCUAAAGAUCAACAAUCCAGAAGUUUGCAUUCUUUCUCGUAAAAACACUAAAAACAGUUAAUGUCCACUGAAAUUACCUUCUCGUCAAGGAGGAGCCUCAACAUUCGGACUUCGGUGUUGCAGCAAUGCCCAGAUUUCAAGUCGGCUAGCAAAAUUGAUGAGUCGGCCAUUCCUGGUGAGAGAUUUUAUGGGGACUAUAAUGAUUGAUCCAUAGAAACUGAAAGGAAAACUCGAGAGCCAUUUCUCAUUAAAUAAGUAGAUUGAUAGGAUGAUUUAGAGUGUAUGGAUGCCAACCUUUUUAUAGUUGAACCUCCACCGCCUAUGGAUUAAGAAGGAAUUUAAUAGGAAUGAAUCUGUAACCGAUUGAUUUCUGGAUCGGCAGGUAGAAGAUGAAUAAAUCGAUAGAAACCUUAGAAUCGCUACUGUGGAGAAGAGAGAGCGAUGAAAUUAUAAAAUCAGAAACGUUGGACACCAUUUUUAGGUCGAAUUCUUAAUUAAUUUUUUUAUUUGAAUAUAUAUAUGUUAGAAUUAUGUAUUAAAAUAAGUUAGUACACAAAUUUUAAACUAUUACUUUAUUGUUUUCUGCCUAAUAAAUCUAAAAAUUUUAGAACUUAUAGUUUGUCGAGGGUUCUAUAAUAUAACACUAUAGAGAUGAUGGUAUAAGUAAGAAAUUAAUGGAUCAUCUCUUCUGGAGAGUCUCCCCACCGAUGUAGGAUCAUCAAUUUGUGUGGAUACUUUGGUACAUUUGGAAAGGAAGGAACAAUAAAGUUUUUAGUAAUCUGGACAUGGACCCAAGGGACACGCUCAAAUUGGCAGAAACAGAGUCAAUACUUUGGACUGACGCACAUGUAUUGACCGGAAAUAGGAUAGUAUCCCAAGUCGAGGUUAUGACUCUCCCAUAAAUUCCAGGGAGAUGGUGUUUUACAGAUGGUUCCUGGAAGGAGAAUGAGAUAUUCUCUGUGCAAGGUUGGCAGAGUACUUUAGAAGGUUUUGAUGGGCCGUUGGGAGCAAGGAAUGUCUGGGCUUGUCUAUCUCCUCUACAUGCGGAGAUAGAAGCACUACUCUGGCAAUGGAAUGCAUGAAAAACUUACGCCAAUUUCAGGUUACGUUUGCAACAGAUUGUUCUCAGUUGGUGAAGAUGGUUUCGGAACCAGAAGAAUGGCAAGCAUUUGUAAAUUAUUUGGAAGAUAUUAAGACCCUGAGAGAAGGUUUCACACGAUCAUAGAUUAUCUAUGUGCCAAGGACGCAAAAUUCAAGAGCGGAUAGCCUAGCACGUAGUGUCAUGAAGCAACCGUCGUUUGUUGUUCACAUGGAUCAAGAUUUUCUGGAGUGGUUCACAGAGUCAGUAUGAGUCUGUAGUUUGAUGUCAAAAAAAAGUAAGAAAUUAAUGGUCAGACAUGAAAAAUUCUCUAGCUAGAUUGUUACUGUAAAAAAUUGGUUAACAAGAUUUUAGUUUAACCAAUAAUUUAAGUGUUAAUAUUUAGUUUAACCAAUAAUUUAAGUGUUACUAUUUAUAAGGCAAGUCAAAAUGACCAAAACAACUGAAAACUUUUGUCCACCAAACCAAUUUAUGGAACGCCAUUACAAAUGAAAGGUUAGACGAAAAUCAAACUAAAUGACAAAUUCUUAAGCAAACUACCACCCAAAAGGCCAAAACUUUAUAUUUAAAUCUUACAAAUCAGGCCAUGAAACGCAAACCAAUUUUUUUUUAACUCUUAGAGAAAAUGGAAAGUGUCAAAAACACCAUAAAGAUUCAAAAGGAACCUCAACAACAAUUGAAACUACACUAAAAACUAAAAAGCGAAAUAGAAACACUAAGAGCCUAAAACUCCAGCUUCUCUCCAAAAACACAUAGAUUCACCAUAAACUUUCAACUCCACCAUCAUCUGUUACACGCUGUUCCUCGCACCUUCUUCUGCAAGCAAACCAUGUAACCAAGAAGGAUUACUUUGGGCCACAUAGGACUGAAGUCUCAUCUUCUUUGUCACGCUUCGAGCAAUCAAGAAAACACCUCAGUUAGCCUCUCUUGUCACCAUAUUCACCUUCCAAUCUGUAAGAUUACUCAGCACUUCAGUUUAUUCCAAACCAUACGCUCGAAAGGCUGGCCAGGCACGUGGUCUAUUAAUUGAUCCAACCAAUUCUGAAGCUUCUAACUCAAAAAUCACAAGCUGCAACCUGGUGUAUCGUCUCUGUUAGAGGCAAAAUGCAAACCAAUUAAUCUAUUUUCAUUUCUUUAUUCUUAUUUAUAAAUAAGCUAAGCUUCUUAUACAGAGAAGAAAAAAUCUCAUUGCUGCUUACCCUAUCCUUCUGGUGAAAACUGAAAGCACAGAAGGUAUAAACUCAAUAAACUCGUGAUGAAUCUCUUAUCUAACGGCAUCCCAGGUUUACCUUGCUCCAGCUUGCAGCUAACUUCAGAUUCAAUCUCUUGGACAACAUUUUAAACCCAUGUUUCAACCUUCAAAUUUCAAACAGACCUCUAGAUUUCAAUACGAGAAAAUCCGGAUUCAUGACAGGAACAAAAGUGUAAGCCAUGAAGAACCCUAUCACUGCAGCACGACCUGCAAGACAAAAACUUCAAACUUCAAAUUAUGUUUAGCUGAAAAGUACGCAAGAUAUGGAAAUCACCGUUAAUUGAGGAGUUGAUAUUCUUGUGAUGAUAUUGCUUCAUCCAUUCCCACCAUUGGAUAAUCGAGGUAUCGAAGAGAAAAAAAAACUGUUAGUAGUUAUUUCUGAGUUAUCUUCAAGCCACUUUCUCCUCUUUGCCUCUAUAAGUAAAGCAAAAAAUCAAUCACUCAUCUCCCUAUACCUUAUUACAAAACCAAAGCAAUAAGCUUACAUAAAAUGAGUGCAGAACUGAAAUAAAGAUUCGAGCUUUAGAGGAUCUAACCAUGAACUAUCACCGAAUCCCGAUCUGUUUUGCCUCGAAUUGUUUCUGAUCCUAGUUUCCAUUAACUCACUUAGAAUAUUGAAAGAAUGAUCUCACUCUUGGUGAUUGGCAAAUUUGUCAUGUCCCCGUUCCUUGAACUUGA